UAACAGCUAUAUUAUUAUGCUUGCUUUAUGUUCUUGGUAGUAGCAAUUGUUUUGAUUUUUGCUAUAAUGCUUUAUACAAGGGUUGGAGAUUUCAAGGGAAUGUAUUUAAAAAAAUCGAAGUACAAAACGAAAUAGAAUGCAUCGUAAAAUGCUUUAAAGAGCCAUGUUGUCAAUCUCUAAACCACAGAAGAAGGUUAAGCCAAGGACGUUGGAGUCUGUGUGAAAUGUUACACAGUGUUCUAAAUGACAGCAGCCGACAAAAUUUAAAACAAAAUCGAUUUUAUGAUUAUGUUUUCUUCAACACACCGAUCAAAAUGUACAACAAAAGCUGCAAACUGCAACAGCCCCUCAACAAAAGUUACGAUUUGGUAUUUCCCAAUGCUCAUGUCGAGAACUUGAUUCUUCUCGAUAAUGUGAUGCCUAAUAUAUCAGAGAUGACAUUGGCAUUUUGGGUAAACACAGUUACAAGGCGAAGGAUGGCGCUGUUUUCUUAUGCUGUUCAGAACAGUCCUGACGAAUUCUUUGUGGGAUUUGACGCAGAACGGGUCAUCAUUACAAUAAAGUCGUUGACAAAAGAAAACCUUCACAUUUAUCCAAUCUACGAUGGUUAUUGGCACCACCUGGUCAUCAUCCUCACUCUGAUGACUGAGAGGAUUUUUCUUGAUGGUACUAUGAUUUUAAACGAAACUAUGGUCAAUAAUUCAUUACUUUUACUACGCGGUGGAGGUGUUGUCGCUAUUGGUCAAAAACUUGAGUGCGAGAAUGCUGUUUUUGAUCCAAAUAUUUCGUUUGUUGGUAAAAUAAAUAAUUUAAAUUUAUGGAAGUAUGACGUGACACGCAACACAUCAUGUACCAUCAAGGGACUAGAAGAUGAUUGUACUAUAGAGCCACAUAAACAAAUAAUUCAGUGGAGAGAUCUUGACAUUUUUUCGAGCGGAAAUGUUUCAAGAUCGUUAACAAUUGACCUUGGUAAACCACAGUCUUGCAUAAACGCAGGCUGGCAGAAAUCAUUUAACAAAAAAGGUUGGUCAACUUGUGGGUCCAACAACAAAUUCAUAACUGGUUUUAGGCGCCUUCAGUUCAACAGUACAAAUCGUGAUGGCAUUAAGAAACUCCAACAAGCUAAAUGCUGUUCGUCAAAUAAUAUAUAUAAAGGGCAAAGUAGCAUAUGUCAAAAUGUUAGCUGGCAAACCUCUAAAACUAAGUAA